GUCCGGACGAGGCUUGGCGCGGGUCCAACGCUGCGAGAAACGACAGCCAAGCGGCCGUUCUCCGUUUUGUUUCCCAAGUCGUCCGACCGUUGGCAAUCAGCCAACCAAUCUGAAUGUGAAACGUUGCUUGGCCGUCCCGUCGAACCCGUCACGCAAAGAAAGCACAACACACAACACACCACAACAAUUGCCGUCUCGUCGAUGCCUCCCUCUCUUGUGGCUCCUCUGGCGUCUCAUCCGAUGCUUGAGGCCCACCGGCCGUCGGUGCUCGGCUGGUGGAAGGAUUGCACAAGGGGCCCCCCGGACCACGUCCCGAUCCCCAAGCCCGCCAGACUGUAACCAUGGCACGGCCUUGCGCGUCAUCCCGCCAGUCGGCAGGAAGCUAGACGCUGCACUGCCGGACCCACCCUGGGAAGCUACUGGGACCCAAGGGGGGUUUUUGGGGACAGCCAGCAGCAGUCCAGGACUGCCCACCUGUUCACCAUACCGUUUCAGCCGCCCGCAGCCGUUACCCGUGACAGGAAGCGCAUGCAAUGGGUGCAUGCCAUUGCCACAUGCAGGUCCGGGGUGGAGGUGGGCCUGGAGAGACCUGGAGACUCGGGUGCCAGGAGUGAGUGCCAGAAGUGCCUCAUACCAUAACCUUGGACGGCACAUUAAAUCUGGGGACCAUCUGGGCAGGACCACCCACCCAAUCUCUGCCCGUGCGCCUUGUGCAAUGAGAUUCGUCGUCGUCUCCACAUGGGCUAUCCUUGGGACCUUCGCCGCCGCCGAAACAUGACCACAGACAAGCACUGACGGGCCACUGGCCUCUCAGCCUCUGUUCUCUCUUGUCACGGCCUGCCCUCCUCUCCUUUCCCGUCGGACCGCUGCGUUGCGCCUUGCCUUUCUUGUGGUCCGUAUCCCUUCUCGGACAAGUUGGUCACUCCUUCACCACCACACACUACGUUUGUUUCGUCCUUGGCGUUGGUCGUAAUGGUGCUGGCGUUUCUUCAACAGCCCCCUGCCCCCUUGCACCCCUGCCCUCGAGCCCUCCUUUUCAAGCCCACCCCCAACCAACCUGUCCAACAAGUUGAGCCCACGAGUCAACCACAUCGCACCUCGUGGACUGUUUGCCCUUCUCGCGGCGCCACCGCCCAACCGUCAUGAGUGCCAGGCCAUCACAAUCACAUGAGGAGCGCAUUGCUUUCCUGGAGGAUGCCUCGUACGACGGCAAGUCGAGCGACGAUUCCUUCGACGACGUUCUCCUCCUCAAGACGCCACCCUCGCCCCGCCGACUACCCCAGCGCUUGAAGAAAUGGCUGCGAUCACGCCCUCGGGUCUUUCGACGCAGCGUCCUUCGACACCCCGUCCAGUCACUUGUCGCGACUCUCAAGAUACUCAUCAUCUUCAUCGUCGUCCUCUUCGUAGCAACCCCGAUCCUUGCGCCCUCCUACACACGACUCCCCCCACACUAUGACGAGCUGAAGGCGCGCUGUGACGGUCCAUCCCCACCGGCCGGCUGUGCGAACCCCUUCCACGAGAAGAUAUUCAUAUCGGUCAGCCUGUAUGACAAGGGGGGGCAUCUGGCAGGAGGACGUUGGGGCGACACGGUCUUGGAGCUGAUACACAUGCUGGGGCCGGAGCACACGUUCCUGAGCAUCUACGAGAACGACAGCCCCGGCGGCGAGCCUGCCCUGAGCGAGUUCAAGAGCAGGGUGCCAUGCGCCCACGAGGUCGUCUUCGAGGAGCAUGUGCCGCUGACGGGCUUCGAGAACGUUACCAUGCCCGACGGCACCGAGCGGAUGAAGAGGCUAUCGUACCUGUCCGAGAUACGAAACCGUGCGCUGAGGCCACUGGACAGGUUCACCGGGGACAUGGGCGUGGUCGAGUUUGACAAGGUCCUGUUCCUGAACGAUGUCUCCUUCCACCCGAUUGACGCGGUCCAGCUCCUGUUCAACACGAACCUGGGCCCCGACCGGCGUGCCCAGUACCUUUCUGCGUGCGCCCUCGACUACAAGAAUCCAUUCUUGUUCUAUGACCUCUACGCCCAGAGAGACGCGGAGGGGUACUCUAAUGGCGUGCCGGUCUUCCCAAUCUUCUCCACCGCAGGAAACGGGACGUCGAGGGCGGCCAUGGUUGCGCAGAGCGACGCGGUUCCGGUCAGUUCCUGCUGGAGUGGCAUGGUGGCCAUGCAGGCCAAGUACGUGCAGCACCUGAACGAGACCCUGCCGAACCCCAACUUCCAGGCCAUCGGUGCCCACAAGAUCGACCCAGACCGUCCGGUGCCGGUCGAGGCUCCGGUGCGGUUCCGGUACGAGCCCGAGGUCUUCUUCGACGCGUGCGAGUGUUGCCUCUUCCUGGCCGACGUCUCGACGGCAGCGCGCAAGGACAACGCCGAGCAGCAGGGUGUCUUUGUCAACCCAUACGUGCGCGUCGCCUACGACGAGUCAACCCUCAUGUGGCUGUCGGUAAUCAAGCGGUGGGAGAGGCUGCUGACCAUCCCGCACCGGAUCAUAUCGUACAUGGUGGGCCUGCCCCGGAACAAUCCGUACCGCGACGUGCAGGAGGGUCAGCCGUUCGUCGAGGAGCGGUGGAAUGCCCAUGACAACGACUGGGAGCUGGUCAACCGUACUGGCCGCAGUGGCAUGUUCUGCGCAGUCCGGGAGACGCAGGUCAUCCAGGCCGGGGCGCGGACGGGUGAUGUGAACUGGGAAAACUUGUCCAUGCCGCCGGGCCAGAAGCUCGACUUCCCCAGCUAGGAAAGGUCGGUCGUUGUCUUGCUGCCCGGAAGCUGGCCAAUGUGCUGUUUGUCUUUGGCGUGGUGUCUUUGGGAUUUUUCCAUCAUAAAGUAUGGCGUUGUCUGGAUGGAUUCAUACCCUGGUGGGUUGUGAGGUGUUUGGUUCUUUUUGGGUCAGGACAGCGGGGGCCGCUGGAUAAUAGAAUGCAUCUUAAGAUAUGGUAAGAAAAC